AUCGCCCCACUGGGCAUUCCUCUCGGCUCCGGCUCUGGUUUCGGUUAUCACUACGCGACAGCGGUGACUUGGGUGCAGGAGCAUGUCUGACAAGCGGCGCACAUCGGACACCCAAGCCCGGCGGCUCCCGGGCACCUUUCAGGAAAGCCCCAGUGCAGGCCUUGGACCUUGUGGAUGGAUUCUGGUGAUUGUCUCAUUCUUGUUCACAGUUGUAACUUUCCCAAUAUCAGUAUGGAUGUGCAUAAAGAUCAUAAAAGAAUAUGAAAGAGCCAUCAUCUUUAGAUUGGGUCGCAUUUUACAAGGAGGAGCCAAAGGACCUGGUUUGUUUUUUGUUCUGCCAUGCACGGACAGCUUCAUCAAAGUGGACAUGAGGACUAUUUCAUUUGAUAUUCCUCCGCAGGAGAUCCUCACGAAGGACUCCGUGACCGUCAGUGUGGAUGGUGUGGUCUAUUACCGCGUCCAGAACGCAACCCUGGCCGUGGCAAACAUCACCAACGCGGACUCAGCAACCCGUCUUUUGGCCCAAACUACCCUGAGGAAUGUCCUGGGCACCAAGAACCUUUCUCAGAUCCUCUCUGACAGGGAAGAAAUUGCGCACAACAUGCAGAGCACCCUGGAUGACGCCACUGACGACUGGGGAAUCAAGGUGGAGCGUGUGGAAAUUAAGGAUGUGAAACUCCCUCACCAGCUGCAGAGGGCAAUGGCUGCAGAAGCAGAAGCAUCCCGGGAGGCCCGCGCCAAGGUCAUUGCAGCCGAGGGAGAAAUGAAUGCAUCCAGGGCUCUGAAAGAAGCCUCCAUGGUCAUCAGUGAAUCUCCUGCGGCUCUUCAGCUCCGGUAUCUUCAGACACUGACCACCAUUGCUGCUGAGAAAAACUCGACAAUUGUCUUCCCUCUGCCCAUAGAUAUGUUGCAAGGCAUUAUGGGGGCAAAACACUGAGGCAUAUAGGCCAACAGAGAUGAGCUCUUCCCUUCCAAGGAUGAAGUGGGGGACCAAAUCAGCCUUUAACCUCUAAGGAGAGGGUACGGUGGGAACCAUGACGAAUCUCCCUCCCUUUCCUUUUCCAUAUGUUGAGUGUGAUGUUCUUAGAAUGUAUAGUGAUCCUAGCAACAGAUGAAGAUUGUUAGCUUGUAAAUACUAUGUGGGUGUGAGAGAGAUUUAUAUAAUUUCUUCCUCUUUAAAUAUUUAAAAGUUCGUAUUUUUAGAUAAUUAUGUAAUAGGUUAAAUCCUUUUUUUUUUGGACUUUCAUUUAGUUAUUAUACACCCUCUAUCAGAAGCCAGGCCAAAGGUAAGAAAAUAGACUCUGACCACUACCUGACACUCUGGCUGGACAAAUGCUUUGCAAAAAUCAGUGACCUUAGGCUACAACCAGCUUCUCUGGGCCAUAUGUGCCUUACUUCCGGGGAAUUUUACUUAAGGAAAAUUUUCUGACAUCCGUUUACUCUCUAAACCCAAACCACGUUUAAAAUAAUCUCCACCUGAGACUAGGUAUUUUCUUGCCUAGUACCUAUCAGCACUGUAGGAAGUGAUCAACGUCAAUGAAAAUUCUUACCCUAACCUCUAAAAGACUUUUAAAUCCCGUCAUAGAGGUCCUUUUAAAAUAAUGUUGGGUUUUUUUUUUAAACUUCUUUGAGCCUCGUUAUGAGUAAAUGAUUUCUCUGUGGUCUGUCUUUCAAACCAGCUAAAUACCUGUCAUAGAAGUGCUUUUUUCUCACUUUUGCCUAUUUUCAUAUAUCAAGUUCUAAAUAGUUGUGUUUUUUUUUAAUAAAAAUUUCUGAGUAAAUA